CCAAUGGUUAGGUGAAACAUACUUUUAUGGGAUGGAAAUUCUAAAUGAUGGUGGUAAAAAAUCGGUUCAAAAAGCACCUAGGAAUGGCAUGUCAACUGGCGGAAAAAUCUUAAUCGCGGCCACAGGGGGCGUGGGCAUCGGACUGUCCAUUGUUUGUGCCUCUUUUGUGGCGCCUGCUUUCCGAAAGAUUUGCCUGCCUUAUGUACCGGCGACCACGGAGCAAAUCCAGAACGUCCUUAGCUUCCUGCCCAAAAAUGCCACCGGGAAGCUGCUGGACAUUGGCUCAGGUGAUGGUCGCAUUGUGUUUGCGGCGGCACAGCAUACAAAGGGUCUGAAAACCGAUGGCGUGGAGCUGAAUCCCUGGCUGGUCUACUACUCUCGCUUGGCAGCGCUUCGUCAUGGCGCAACGAGGCAGGCCAGCUUCUAUCGCCGUGAUCUGUGGAAGUUCAACAUUAAAGAUUACAAUUUUGUGGUCAUAUUCGGUGUGGAGCAAAUGAUGAAGGACCUGGAGCACAAGCUGAUAGCCGAGUGUCCGCACAAUACGAAGAUCAUUGCGUGCCGGUUUAGGCUGCCCAACCUAGAGCCAGAGCGCACCAUUGAGGAUGGGGUGAACACUGUGUGGUUCUAUGAUCUGAACAACCAGACCCAAAGACAAGUGCUCGGCAACAGUUGAGGAAUAAAGCGAGGAAUGUAUUAUUAAA